AUGCAGACUCGAGUCACCCCUUACUCUCUCAAUACACAUCUCCCUACUCCACCAAUUCAUAACUCCUCAAAUCUCAUAUCUCACUACCUUUCAAAAUCACACUUAUCACUCCCUGUUCCAUUUUUUCACGACCACAGCUACCCUGUGCCUCCCUCAACUUUGAACCAACUAAGCCCCAUUACUGCCUUAACGCAUAGAUCACAACCUAAUCAAAAUGAUAACUACCCAAUUACCUUUAUCACAAUCACAAGGAUUACACAUCAUUACCUCUUAAGAUGGGUCAAAAACAUAAAUCAUAACCCAGGAUUCAAAAACAUCCACCAGAAGCGCCCAUCAACCCAUCCUCACCCCUCUCUGCUCACUUUACCCCAGCGCACCAUGCCCACUCGAUCUGGACUACAAAGACUCCCAGUCACCACUCCUCACUCCGAACCUGACUCUGACACAGACUCCACUUACAAAGCCAUCAAUCCCACUACCAAACGUAACCGCACUGCAACCACAGCAAGACGAGGUCGAGCAGGGCGAGGGCAAGGAGGGAAAGUCCCAUCAACAUCGAACCGUCCCACCAAGAGGCCUCGACAAGCUGAGGCCACUCUCACCCCUGAGGAACUCGAACUUGACACCCCUUCUGACUCACAGACUCCCACUCUCAUCAACUACCGCCAGUUGGGGCUUCAGUGGGGACGGUCCGUCGCCGAACAGAACUUAGCAUCUCUCGACCUCCCCGAAAACAAUCGCCCUUCAACCAAUGGUCUCUUCGAAGCGCAAGCUCUACAAUCUCAGUAUGACCUGGAUAAGACAAUGUUGUGCAUUGUCCUGAAAUGCAGCCGCAAAGUACUUGAUGAAGCACUUGUAUCACCCAGGCUCGAGGGACCUCUUGCCCGCGAGCCCAACAUGUACACCAACUACCAAACAUAUGGUGUUGUUGCAACCACCACAGCCAUGCCGCCCAAAGGUGUUGCUGAAGGCUUCACAGAAAGGAACCAAAUAGUUGGCCACACUUGGAGUGCGUAUGAAGAAGAUGAACAAGCAAUCUUCACACCUCGCCUAUUCGAACCCCUGUGCGUUGCCACCCACGAGGCUUAUGCACUCACCCAAACCCCAUCCCAACUCGACACCACUUCCACUUCCCAACCCCCCCAGCCUCAGCCUGAUGUUGGCCAACCAGGAGUCGCCAAAAUCACCAAGGAAGAGCUUGAAAAAUAUGUACCAAUAUUCCAGCGGCUGGUCAACUUGAACAAGGUAUCACAUGACAUGCAUGACGGACGUUUAUGGCGCCACAGUGGCAAAAAACGAACUCAAUCAUUAGAAAACCUCCUCAUGCAUGAAAUAGGAAAAGUGGUUUGA